AUGCGUUUCUUGUCCGCGACAGGGUUACUUGCUGCAGCAUUUGCACUACAAAUUCCGCUGGUCGCGGCAGCUCACAACGUAGUUGAUCUCUCCGACCAGAGAUGGACUCUAACCAGUCCUGGCAAUGACACGAUCAAGAUCCCUGGGAAAGUGCCUUCGCAUGCCCACAUCGAUCUAUAUGCCGCGAAAGUCAUUGACAAUCCACUGAUUGGGCUCAAUGACUUUGAUCUUCGCUGGAUUGCGUUUAGCAACUGGACAUAUAGUACUGAGCUGAGAGGAGUGCAAAAUUCCAAGCACCUACAAACCAGCCUCAUCUUCAACGGCCUCGACACCUACGCUGCUAUCGAGUUCUGCGGCCAGCACAUCGGCAACACAGACAACCAAUUCCGCCAAUGGGUUUUCGACAUCUCCCACGCUCUCGCGUCCUGCAAGUCGUACGAGCCCCUGCUCGAAGUCAAGUUUGGCUCUACGCCCAAUAUCUCAGCGGUGAUUGCUGCGGAGCCCGGUCAGGAGACAUGGCCAGACGGCGUAGACGAGGUUUACGAAUUUCCGAACAGACAGUUUGUGCGCAAAGAGCAGUCCGACUUUGGAUGGGACUGGGGUCCGGCUUUUAUGCCGGCGGGGAUUUGGCAACCAGCGUAUUUGAUACAGCUUGAUGGGCCUGAUUCGGUGUAUGUAAAGAACUCUGAUUUUGACCUUUAUCGCAAAGGCCAGCUCAACAACCUGCCGCCGGACCAGACCGCCGAUUGGAUAUUCAACGCCAGCAUCGACGUCGUCGGCUCCGUGCCUAGAGGCUCGCAAAUGAGGUACACUAUCGUAGACUCAGACUCACAUCGCAGAGUGAGCAAUGGGAGGUUUGGCCAACUCGAGAAUGGCGGAGAUGUCAUCACCGGAAUUGCAGCGCUCAAGGAAUCUGACUACGAGCUUUGGUGGCCCAACGGCCUUGGUCCCCAGAAGUUGUACAACAUGGAGGUAGAAGUUGUGUUCGGAGGUCGGACCAUUGCUUCGGUCAACAAGCGCAUGGGUUUUCGAACCAUCGUUCUCAACAUGGAGCCUAUCAGUGACCUGCAACUGUCGCAGGAUACAGUCCACUUCGAGAUCAACGGUCACACCUUUUACUCAAAAGGCGCCAACUUUGUGCCUCCUGACCCGUUUUGGCCGCGCGUGACCCCUGACCAUAUCAAAGGAAUCCUGACCGACGUGGUCGACGGCCACCAGAACAUGCUGCGCGUAUGGUCCAGUGGUGCCUACUCACCUGACUUCAUGUAUGACCUUGCCGACGAGAUGGGCGUGCUGCUGUGGUGCGAGUUCGAGUUCAGCGUCUCCCUCUACCCCGCGAACCCGGAGUUCCUCGAGAAUGUCCGCCAGGAAGCGGUUUACCAAGUACGACGCACCAACCACCACCCGUCCAUGGCGCUCUGGGCUGGCGGCAACGAGAUGGAAAAGGACGAGCUUCCCGCCAUACGGUCCGACUCGCCAGAGUUGUACGAAAAGUACCUCAAUGAGUAUCUUGAGCUAUUUCUAAACACGCUACUACCAGCUGUGUACGGCAACUCACACAGCAUCAGCUACAUGCCCUGUAGCACCAACAACGGCUAUCUAGAGCUCGAUUUCAACCUGACGAUCCCCUUCGUGGACCGUCUCUACAACACCACGCCGGGGUACCUCUACGGCGACAGCGACUUUUACGACUACAACGCCGCGCAGGCCUUUGACAUCAACCAGUACGUCGUUAACCGCUUCGCCAACGAGUUCGGCUUCCCAUCUGAGCCCAGCCUAGAGACGUGGCGGGAAGCCAUUCCUGAGGAUCAGCUGUACUUCAACUCCACUAUGGCGGUUCUGCGUAAUCAUCAUUAUCCGCCAGGCAGUCUGGCGACGGACGAGUUUGACAAUCCGCUGAAAGGACAGGGCGAGAUGACGCUCGGAGUAGAGUACUGGUAUCCCAUUCCGAACAAGACUGAUUCGGUGGCCAACUUCUCGGCGUGGUGCCAUACUACGCAGAUAUUCCAAGCGGAUUUUCUGCACACCAAGAUCCAGUACUACCGAGCGGGUUCGUCGAUGCCGCAGCGACAGCUGGGCUCGCUGUACUGGCAACUCAACGACAUCUGGCAGGCCCCAACCUGGUCCAGCCGCGAGUACGACGGGCGGUGGAAAGUGCUUUUCUACACGACCAAGGACAUCUACCAGCCCAUCAUCCUGGCGCCGGUAUACAACGUCACGACGGGAGUGAUGGAUCUCUACGCCGUGUCCGACCUGUGGAGCGUCGUCGAGGGCGAGGCCAGCUGGGAGUGGAUCGGCUACGAUGGCAAGCCUGUGAACACAUCAUUGUCCGCCAAAUCUCAGAAGUUCACCGUCGGAGCCGUCAACGCCACUGUGCUGACUAGCAUGAACAUCACGGACCUGACUAGCAGCGGCAGUCUACCCGCCGACAACGCCGUUCUAGUUGCCACCGUGACAGCGAGUGGCAGUCCGCCAAAUUCCAAGGCGACCAUGACGUAUACGCACUCCAACUUCUUCACGGCCACCCCACUCGGGAAGGCCAAGUUAGUAGAUCCGGGCCUCACGCUGUUGCAGGGGCGCGGCUCGUUCAUUGUGACGGCGGAGAAGGGUGUGAGCGCGUUUACAUGGCUGGCACUAGACCCCAAAGACGCGGGGGUGAUUGUGGUUUUUGACGACAAUGGGUUCCUGCUGCGGAAGGGAGAGAGCAAGACUGUUGGGUAUCGCAUCUCCAGUGGGGAAAGCCCUGGAUGGGAGACGCGGGUUACGGUUGAGAGUAUUUGGAACAACACGCUGCCGGAGUAG